ACACACACACACACACACACACACACACACACACACACACACACGUGUUGAACAUGAAAGACACCACUGAAGCCAUGAAUAGAACCAGAUCCCCUGUUGUUUCUCUCUGACCUGUGUUGUUAAGGCCAGGCUGUGUGCCAGGUGUUAUGCCCAGCGAGGGGCAAGGCCAGGCCGUGUGCCGGGUGUUAUGCCCAGCGAGGGGCAAGGCCAGGCCGUGUGCCAGGUGUUAUGCCCAGCGAGGGGCAAGGCCAGGCCGUGUGCCAGGUGUUAUACCCAGCGAGGGGCAAGGCCAGGCCGUGUGCCAGGUGUUAUACCCAGCGAGGGGCAAGGCCAGGCCGUGUGCCAGGUGUUAUGCCCAGCGAGGGCAAGGCCAGGCCGUGUGCCAGGUGUAUGCCCAGUGAGGGGCAAGGCCAGGCCGUGUGCCAGGUGUAUGCCCAGCGAGGGGCAAGGCCAGGCCGUGUGCCAGGUGUUAUGCCCAGCGAGGGGCAAGGCCAGGCCGUGUGCCAGGUGUUAUGCCCAGCGAGGGGCAAGGCCAGGCCGUGUGCCAGGUGUUAUGCCCAGCGAGGGGCAAGGCCAGGCCGUGUGCCAGGUGUUAUGCCCAGCGAGGGGCAAGGCCAGGCCGUGUGCCAGGUGUUAUGCCCAGCGAGGGCAAGGCCAGGCCGUGUGCCAGGUGUUAUACCCAGCGAGGGGCAAGGCCAGGCCGUGUGCCAGGUGUUAUGCCCAGCGAGGGGCAAGGCCAGGCCGUGUGCCAGGUGUUAUGCCCAGCGAGGGGCAAGGCCAGGCCGUGUGCCAGGUGUUAUGCCCAGCGAGGGGCAAGGCCAGGCCGUGUGCCAGGUGUUAUGCCCAGCGAGGGGCAAGGCCAGGCCGUGUGCCAGGUGUUAUGCCCAGCGAGGGGCAAGGCCAGGCCGUGUGCCAGGUGUUAUGCCCAGCGAGGGGCAAGGCCAGGCCGUGUGCCAGGUGUUAUGCCCAGCGAGGGGCAAGGCCAGGCCGUGUGCCAGGUGUUAUGCCCAGCGAGGGGCAAGGCCAGGCCGUGUGCCAGGUGUUAUGCCCAGCGAGGGGCAAGGCCAGGCCGUGUGCCAGGUGUUAUGCCCAGUGAGGGGCAAGGCCAGGCCGUGUGCCAGGUGUUAUGCCCAGCGAGGGGCAAGGCCAGGCUGUGUGCCAGGUGUUAUGCCCAGCGAGGGGAAAGGCCAGGCCGUGUGCCAGGUGUUAUGCCCAGCGAGGGGCAAGGCCACACUCACAACACUU